AUGGCGGCGGGAGAAGCGCGGGAGCCGGUGGCGGAGGCCGAGCCCGCGGCGGAGGAAGAGCAGGAGCAGCCGCGCAGCUUCAAGGACCUGGGAGUGACAGAUGUCCUGUGUGAAGCUUGUGACCAAUUAGGAUGGAAGGUACCAACAAAGAUCCAAGUUGAGGCUAUUCCAGUGGCUCUCCAAGGCAGAGAUAUCAUUGGCCUGGCAGAAACAGGUUCUGGAAAAACAGGAGCUUUUGCUUUGCCGAUUCUUCAAGCACUGCUGGAAACACCGCAGCGUUUGUUUGCUCUUGUCCUCACACCGACAAGGGAGUUGGCCUUCCAAAUUUCAGAGCAGUUUGAAGCUCUCGGAUCCUCCAUUGGUGUCCACAGCGCCGUUAUUGUGGGUGGAAUUGACACGAUGUCUCAAUCUCUGGCCUUAGCCAAGAAACCACAUAUUAUAAUUGCAACUCCUGGUCGCCUAAUUGAUCAUCUGGAGAACACAAAGGGCUUCAAUUUACGAGCUCUGAAAUAUCUGGUGAUGGAUGAGGCUGACCGAAUCCUCAAUAUGGAUUUUGAGACAGAGGUGGAUAAGUUACUGAAAGUGAUUCCACGAGACAGAAAGACCUUCUUGUUCUCUGCCACCAUGACCAAAAAGGUACAAAAACUCCAGCGUGCUGCUCUUAAGAAUCCUGUUAAAUGUGCAGUUUCUUCCAAAUAUCAAACAGUUGAAAAGCUACAGCAGUAUUAUAUUUUCAUUCCCUCUAGAUUCAAGGACAGCUAUCUGGUUUAUAUCCUGAAUGAACUGGCUGGAAACUCCUUCAUGAUAUUCUGCAGUACGUGUAACAACACUCAGAGGACUGCUCUACUGCUUCGCAACCUGGGGUUCACUGCCAUCCCUCUCCACGGGCAGAUGAGUCAGAAUAAACGCUUGGGCUCCUUAAACAAGUUCAAGGCAAAGGCUCGAUCUAUUUUGCUGGCAACUGACGUUGCAAGCAGAGGUCUGGACAUCCCACAUGUAGAUGUGGUCAUAAACUUUGAUAUUCCUACCCACUCCAAGGAUUAUAUUCAUCGUGUUGGGAGAACAGCUCGAGCUGGGAGAUCUGGCAAGUCUAUUACCUUUGUUACGCAGUAUGAUGUAGAGCUGUUCCAGCGUAUUGAACACCUGAUUGGCAAGAAGCUGCCAGAAUUCCCCACGCAAGAGGAGGAGGUCAUGAUGUUGACAGAACGUGUGGCUGAGGCCCAAAGAUUUGCGCGAAUGGAGCUGCGGGAGCAGGGGGAGAAGAAGCGAUCUCGGGAUGGUGAUGAUGAUGACACAGAAGAAGCUAUUGGUAUCAGGAAUAGAGUGGCUGGUGGUAAAAAGAAGAAAAGGAAAGCCUUCUAGUUCAUGUUUGGACAAACUUUUAUCUUCCUGUUCAUGACUGUGAGAUUAGGUUAAAAUCUACUGAUUUACAUCCAGCGGACCUUUUCAGGACUAUUUACCAUUAAAUUGGGUGGAUCUGGCUGGAAAACAACUUUCUCUUCACUGCUUCAGCAGUGUCUUUGCUAGUUACAGGCUGAGUAUGGUCUAUUACAAUACCAAGGACUGAAUCUUCUCUUCAGAGAUGCCAGACCAUCCAUCCUCUCUGGGCUUGGGAGGAGCUGUUGCCUGGCCCAGCUCAUUCCCGAAGAGAUGCUGAAGAGAAGAAUGGGUGCAUGUAGGGUGGGUGCAGCUUUCCCCUUGCUGUACUCUCUCACCAGCCAGCUUGCUCUGUGCAUCUGAUAUGAGGCCUAUCAGAAGAAAGAGGAGAAAGAUAAGAAGCAACAGUUACCACAGCAUGUCUGUGAUGCUUUUGGUUUAGUUAAGRGACAUGUGCUAUGGAGAACUUAAAAUAUAUUUUGCUUAAUUUUAAAGCKAUCUGCUUUUCCUUGUCUUAUCACUGAUGCAUUCUCACUUUAACCAUGACAGAAAAAUUGUUGUUUUAUA